CACUACUAUAUAACAAAUAAUUUGAGCAUGUAGAUUCCUGCAAGAAUUUCAUCAAAUGAGUUCAACACCCCGAUCAAGAUACAGGAACUUCAAUGAUUUGGGAACUUCUGCAGCCAACCGCCACUCAUCCUACAUUCCUCCAUCUCAACCUCUUGACGUUCUUUCACUUCUGACUCCAAGUGCUAAAUCCAAGUAUUCAUCUUCUUCUGUGAAAAAAAGUGUAUAUUCUGUAAAAACCAGCGAUGGUUCUGAGGUUAAAACAAGUGCCCCUGUGAAGAAAAAUGUCUUUGGGCGUAGCAGCAUAUAUGGUGCCCUAGAAGCAGCAUUAGCAACUGUUGAAGAUAGUGGUGUUAAAAAUGAAAACAACAGAGUAAAUGAACGUGUGACUCAGCCCUUAGCAGAAUCUAGUGAAGUUGUAUAUCGCAGGAAACUUCCUGGGAGAACCACGCAAAACGACAUAAACUCUGGCGAAGAAAAUCUAGACCGACAAAAAUCAAUGUCGCUUGACGUAGAAGAGGCUUUCCCUUCCAUUCGAUCUAGGAUACAGUCGUAUGGUCCUGUCAAAGCAAGGGCAACUAAGCGUAUUCUCCCUAAUGCUCCAGCAGAGGAACCUAAACUGACAAUCAGACGGGUUUCCUUUGAGCAUAUUAUAAAACCCGAGAAUGUGUGCUUAUUAAAAAAGGAAUCCGAUGACAGUGGAUGUGAUGAAAACUUUGAGGAGAGCCUGUCUGGAACGACUACUCCCAGUCACCGCGUCGCCAGUAUCACAAGCAUUGACAGUCUCCUAGGUCCUGGGAGCCCACGCACUUCCUCCACUAGCCCAGAUUUGUUGCCUAGAAAACAGUCCAACCUUCUCAUUAAUCCGGCUCUUGAAGAGGACAAAGAAGACAUCUUUAUUGAUGAAGACUUGAAGGAGUCGUGUGAGUCAAGAAGGGGGAACGGUGGUUUUUCAGUCAGAGCAGUGAAUUUAGAUGAUACACUGGAGUUUGUAACAAUGGAAGCACCUGUCAAGCACAUGCCUCGUAAAAUGUCUCCUCCAGAUUUAGUAUCUGAUGAGGGAUCAGAGGUUUUUGAAAGGAAGAUUUACUCCACUGAGGAGUUGCCGGAAAGGAAGAUCAGUAACACCAAGCUCAAGAAUAAUGACUCAUAUCAUGUGAAACUAGGUGGCCAUGACAUAAAGGUGUCCCAUUCCAGUAAAUAUACUACAACCAACCACAUAAAACAGCCAAACACUCCCUCGGGCAAACGUAACACCACUUCUGCUGCACCCUUCCACAGUAAUGAUAAGGUGCUUAAUAAACUUGUCAACAACACAAAAAGAGCAAAUACCACUGGUUCUAUUCCUAUACAAUCUAAUGGAAUUAGCGACAGAAACUCCUUUUAUCGAUCAGAAAAGAUUUUGGAUAAAAAAGUAAGAAACACAAAACCAAUUCCAUCUGAUGAUAGCAACAGGAUCCUUUUUGCAGAAUCUCAGGAGGAAAAGAUUGGAGAAAAAUUUAGUUCAAAUGAGAAGAUAAUGAACAAAUUGAUCAGCAACACCAGAAGAGCUAAAACGCUCCACUCUUUGCUGACAAAUGGUCCAGAUGCAGACAAAGAAAUGUCUGAUAAAAUUAAUUCGGUUGAGGGACCGAAAAACCAAGAAAAGAGAAAGAAUGAUCGUAACGGUAAUCUGAACACCGUCAAGGAAUCCACUCAAGACGAGGAAAAAUUCAGUGGACAGUUUCGCACCAACGAAAACAUUUUGAAUAAAUUUCUAAAUAAUACCAAACGUUCCGAAACUGUUGCUUCUUUGCCGAUUCGAGACAAAAAAGAUAUAAAGUUGUCUGACGAGGAGCCCACCAAGGAUGUUGAGUCUUUUAAAGUGAACGAUAAGAUAUUAGACAAAUACAUAAAGAACACAAAACCACCCAAGAGUACUCCUGUGAAAGUUGAGAUUGAGAAAGCUGAUUCAAAAACAAUCUCCAAUUUAAAUGACGAAAAGAAGGAAGAAUUAGAGAAAGAGCCCACCAAAGAUGAUAAGUCUUUUAAAGUGAACGAUAAGAUAUUAGACAAAUACAUAAAGAACACAAAACCAACCAAGAGUACUCCUGUGAAAGUUGAGAUUGAGAAAGCUGAUUCAAAAACAAUCUCCAAUUUAAAUGACGAAAAGAAGGAGGAUGUGGAGGAGGAAAAUGAUAGUUUCGGUGACGAAUUCCGAACUGGCGGGAAAGCACUUAACAAAUUACUGACCAACUCCAGACAAUGGGAAUCUAGCCCAGCUUUACUGAGAACGGAAAACUUCAAGACCAACGAAAACUCACUGGACAAAUACGUGAAUAAUACAAAACCACCAAAGACAGUCAGUACAUCGCCGAGAAAUGAUAAAAUCUCUCCUCAAGUUCAAGAAUGGCGGAGGGAGGAGGUAGCUAAAGAUCCCCUUAACUUUUCCGAAAAGAAAUCCCAAAUUCUGGCUAUCAAGAAGAAGACACCUCCUUAUGAUAGUGGAGUGAGGAAAAUGGCAAAACCUGCGGUUCCUUUCGAUAACAAUUCACCGGUAACCCCUGUCUCUCCUUUGGUGGCUAAAAUUCAAGUUCUAGAAACUUCUCCAGUUUCCUCCUCGGACGAGAGCGACGCUUCUGCUGUUGCUGACUGGAAGAAAAAGAUCAUGUCCUCUCAGAACCUGCUACAACGUGGCAUGUCAGCCCCACUACUCCUCAGACCCCUGAUUGCCACCAUUAUGGAGGGUAUUUCUGACGUAUCAGACACAGAAGAUGUGGUGGGAGACCUACCUACCUUCAAACCUACUGGUUCUAAAGCCAAGUUCGGUCGACAGUACUCCACACCGGUCCAGUCCCCCAGAAAGGAACAGAGUGUCCCCCUUCAACCAGCCAGGAGACGGAAGAGUCAGAUAAAAAGUCAAAACAAGACGCGACGGAAACCACCAGCCAAACUACUGUCACAACCAGAAGCAGAACUUGAAGAUAACUUUGACCUUCUAGAUGACCUUAAGUCGCCUGUGUUGCAGUCACCGUUUAAAAAUGCGAUCAGGCCUAACCGAAGGACCACCACGUCAACAAACCCAGUCAGAUUACGGCAGAAACUGGACAAAGAGCACAAGGAACAGGAUGAGAAAGAGAACGUGCUGAAGAGAGCCGAAUCUAAGAACCCUGGAGCAGUUUCCCACUGGAAGAAAGACAACCCGAGAGAGAGACCUCACUCUUACACCUACGGCGCUCGUCUAGCAGCGUCAGCUAUCAACGGACUGCAGAUGAAGAUAGACUUUGCAAGUGCUGCGCGCGGUCUGCGCAAGACUGAGAAGCGCGCUGACGGCACCGCAAAGGUCAGCAAGGCAGCGGGUGAGGAGUCUUGUGUAGAGUCUCAUUUCCCUGAGAAAAUGCUCCUUUUGCUCAAGGGAAGGAAGAACGUACAAUGUGCUCUUGUUGAAUGCAAGGUUUCGUCUCUUAACAGCGGAGACGUCUUCCUCCUACUCCACAAAGACGAGCUCUUCCAUUUCGUUGGCGAAGAAGCCAACGUUCACGAAAAAGCAAAGGGAAAUGAUCUGGUAGACCGUAUCAUUCGUAAUAAGGAGAUGGGUUGCACAGCCACUAAAUGUGUCUCACUGCAAGAGAAAGAUAUGGAUAUGUGCAACAGAAGUUUUAAACGUUUCUUCGAACUUCUUGGUGGUCGUCCCCCUAUUGCAGAGAAAGAGUCGGUUAUAGAGGAUAAGGAAUUUGAGAAACGGUUCCAACAAGAAGCUAAAAUCAGUGUUUACGAGGAACACGAGGAGGAGGAACCCUCAUUUGUUCAGCUUAACACCGGCAAAAGGCUCAGAUACGACAUCUGGACUCCAAAAAGACGUUUGUGCUGGACUUCAUCACAGAGUACUACAUCUGGUGCGGAAAAGGAGUGCCUCUCUCGGUAAGAAAGAAGGCGCUGCUGC